AUGGGGCUCUGGGAUCUCCACCUUGCGCAAAAGCACCGGUACUUUGCCAAGAUCGCGCUCGAGGACAGCCUAGUCCAAGAGUGCGUCAGCGCCGUCAGUCCUACGCACACGUCUAUCUAUGGAGACAGCGUCAUAAUCGCGGCCAAUAGGCCCGACGAGCGGGCUCGACACCGGGACGCUGUCCACUCUAAACUGUGCGACGAGGGUUUCUGCGCCCGGGGAGUGAUCGUCGAAGAGGCCCCCGUGAUUCCCGACGUGUGCGGCUUCCAGCUGGGGCACCGCAAGCUCAGCCCGAUAUACCUAUACGAAUCCAUCCUCCGGCUGAACCCCAAUUCUGGGAAGGAAAUGGCCAAUUACGUCGCGAUCGUGGAUCACCUGUGGCAGAAGUGGGCCGACCAGAAGGGCCUCAUCGAACAUCGACGGCGGGACGUCGUCGAGAUGCUCGGGAGGCACGCGGACAGCAGCAGCAGCGGCAGUGGCGGCGACUGGCCCGACGACCCUGGAUUCUUAUCGCGUUUAGCUCUGUCAGGAGGGAUGUCAACAAGAUUAUGGCCGAGGCCGACCUACAAGGACCCCAGGUCGCGCUCCUAA